AUGCCUCUCGGUAUUGGUAUCAAAGCAGCGGAUUCGCAAAAUCGCCGAGCGCAAAUAUUCCAUGAGAAAACGGGUUAUAAAAUUCAAAAUCCAAACUUAUUAAGAGAUGCAAUGUGGAGUGUGGAUUACCCUGUCUGGUCGGCCAAUGAUGAAGAUCCUAUUGGUCGAGGCAAGCGAUUUCUUAAGCUUUAUUUCGAGGGAAGGAUUAUACCUCAUAAUCAAGGCUUUAUCAGUCAAGAUUCAGCCCACCACUUCGUUCGAUGGCUUUUAGAGAGCGAUGUUGUCAACGAGGUUGGUAAACGCAGUGGUUUGGCAGAAUUAAUGGAUAAUGGUGAAUGCAGCUCCUACGAUCGAUUACUCUUUGCUGUGGUUGGCCUAGUCUACAAAGAUAGCGAUGGUAGCUUGUUAUAUGUCGGUAAUGUGAUUGAGAAAUUAUUCAAAAAUGAAAUUAAAAGUGUACUAGAAUCGAUAUCUUGUAAGGUAGCAUCAUCAUCAAGCGCUAGUGUCAAGGAAAAACGUCCAGCUCAAGGAAAUAACACGUCCGUUAUUCCUGAUCUAUAUCAUGCAAUCGAUCAGCCCAAUAUCGACUUUAAACUUUUACAGUCGAUUAUCCAACGUGAAAGUUCUUGCAUCAACGAGCCUGACUCAACUGUAAAUGGUUAUACGCCUUUAAUUAAGGUACUGGUGGCUAGUAGCUUAAGUGAUAAAGAUAAAUGGAAACGAAUUCAGUUAUUAUUAGAUUGCAAUGCUGAUUGGAAUGCUACAGAUAGCGGCAACAUUAGUGCUAUCGAUGUCUUGUACCAAUUCUGCCCACAAUUAGUUCAAUGGAUUGAAGAAUCAAGUUAUGGACAAGCAUUCAGAGCAGCACUUCGUGAUAGAGAAUCACAUAAAGAUCAAAAACGAUACAUGGAACAAAAUCAUACAGAAUUGGGCUAUGAAGAUACAACGUUAAAAUUGAUUUUUCGACAAAUUAUUACCGUCGAUUGCAAUCUCAGACUAGUAGCAUUAAAAUUGCGUCGUAUUGAUGUCAAUCGGCGUUAUCCUAAUCGACGUGGCGAUACUUUAAUCAUGGCGUUAAUUAGAGCAUGUACAUUAUCCCAAAGGGAAAAAAUACACCGUUUGCGAUUUUUAUUAAAAUAUGGUGCUGACUGGGAUAAGAGGAAUAAUUGUGGAGAGAGUGGUAGAGAUUUAGCAGGAAAUAUUUCAAGCGACUUUAUUGAACAAGUUGAAGAUUGUAAAGAAAGCGUCAAAAGGGAUCUAACGGAUGAUUUACGUGAUCGAAAUGAAAAUAUCAAUCAGUCAAAACAAUCGUAUGGUAAGCUUGCUGGUUCAAAGCCUACUAUAAAAUUAGAACCCACUGACACUCAGGUCGAUACACCUACUACUGGUAGUUCUGCUACUGUUUAUAACCAUAAUAAUCAUUUCCAAGAAACCAAACCGAAUGUCAACAAAUUAACCACCAUUAAGGUUAAAGUUGAGCCAACGAAUGAUGAUCAUGUUAUGAACAAUUCAGCGGAAAAGAGCUCUAAUCCAAAAUGGCAUGCUACCGAUGUAAAUAAUGCUAAUGCAGCUUCAACAAAAGUACGUGGAAAGAACAAAUGGCCUAGAGUAAACAAGCAAAGGCCAAAACGAAACGCCAUCAAUCAGAAUCAAACAAAUAUGGAAUCAACGAGUAGAACGUUCUACCGUGAAUCGUAUUUUGUAAAUCCUAUGAGAAAAGGCAAGAAACCACUACCUGUGGCAGAUCAUAACAAAUUACCCAGUUGUCUAUGUAGUCAAACUAGUACACUGGAGGAUAUCGAAGGAAUUGUCCUUGGUAUUAACAACGUUAACUACCAUACCCAAUCGAGUAAAGGCGAUCUACCAAUACAUCUGUUGAUAAGAACGAAAGGCCUUUCCUUUUCGGACAAAGUGGAACGAAUUCAAUUAUUGCUAAAGUAUGGAGCAUCAUGGAAGAGAAGGAAUUUUAAUGACGAAACAGGUGUCGAUUUGGUGCAUCGAUUCUGUCCAAAGCUUGCCGAGGAAUUCGAUCUAAAUGAUCUUAGCGACCGCGACUCGGACAGUACUGAUGAAGAAAGCUAA